AUGGUAGACACUGAAGAAAAUAUAGCAAAUAGGGCAGUCAACUUCUUUCAUAAUCAGUUUGCGCAAGAGGGAUCUAAUUCUGACUUUAGCAUGCUCAAGCACAUUCCUAGAUUGGUGUCUGAUGAAUGCAAUGGUCAGUUGUGGGGUUUGCCUACAUUUGAAGAAGUAAAAAGAGCAGUAUUUGAGCUUAAGGGUGACAGUGCUUGUGGUCCAGAUAGACUUUCAGGUACAUUCUAUCAUGCAUGUUGGGAUGUAGUAGGUAUGGAUGUCUUUAGGUUGGUCAAGGCAUUUUAUGAAGGGCAUACACUUCCUAAAUCAAUUACUCAUACUAAUCUUGUACUUUUUCCAAAAAAACCACUUGUUCAAAGUUUUGCUGAUCUCAGGCCUAUCAGCUUGAGCAAUUUUAUCAAUAAGGUGAUUUCAAGAGUGGUAUAUGGGAGGCUUGAUAGUAUUUUACCACAACUGAUAUCCAGUAAUCAAUCAGGUUUUGUUAAAGGAAGAAGUAUUAUUGAAAAUGUAUUGCUUACACAAGAAAUACUGACUGAUAUUAGGAAGAGAGGAAGACCUGCAAAUGUUGUUAUAAAUUUGAAUAUGGACAAGACAUAUGAUAUAGUGUCAUGGCUAUAUUUGACUAAGUUUCUAGAGAAAAUGGGCUUGACAGGAGAAUUUGUGGAUCAGAUUUGGAGAUUGUUGGCCAACAAUUAG